AUGUCUGGGCAAUUAGUUAAUUUUCAUAAGUCCUCGUUUCAAUGUACGUCGAAUGUUUGCGAGUCCGAUGUCAGUCAUUUUGCUUCUUUGCUUCAGAUGUCUAAUUCCCUCUCCUUUGGGAAUUAUUUGGGGUGCCCAGUAAUUGAGUCUCGUGUGACCAAAAACACGUUUCAUCAGGUUGUUCAAUCGUCCCAUUUCCAGUUGUCCAAAUGGAAAGCUAAUUCACUUUCUCAAGCAGGAAGAUCGGUGUUACUACAGGCCAACUUAUCUUCUAAAGCUAAUUUUCAAAUGCAAAGUUUUUUGCUCCCUACUUCUAUUCAUGGGGAACUUGAUACUUUUUAUCGUAAUUUCUUCUGGAGUAAAGCUCCGGAUUCCCGCUCUCCUAGUCUUUUUGGGUGGGAUCGUAUUUGCACCCCGAAAAAGUUUGGGGGGUUGGGGUUCCGGAAGGCUGCUGUUAAUAAUGCUGCUCUCCAAAUGAAGCUCUUAUGGAAGAUUGUUAAGUCUCCCGCUAAUCUUUGGGUUGAUCUUGUUUCUAAGAAAUAUUUGCGUGGAAGUUCGCUGUUUAAUUAUUCUCCUUCGGCCAGUUGUUCUUGGCAGUGGAGGAAGCUUAUGUCCCUUCGGACUGUUUUCAAGCAAGGACUCCGAUGGAUUGUUAACAGGGGUGAUUCUGUUUCAUUCUGGAAUGAUAACUGGGUGUUUCAUUACCCGAUCUCUGCUAUUUGUGACCCUCCUAUGGCAUUUGAGAAUUUAAAAGUCAAUGAUGUCAUAGAUGAACAUCGUCAGUGGGAUAAAACUCGCCUCUUGACGCUGGUGUCUGCCCAUGUUGUUCAAUCUAUAUUAAGUAUUUUUCUGCCUUCUCUAGAGGGUAUGCAUUCACUGGUUUGGGGUCUUUCUCCAGAUGGGGAAUACUCUGUUAAGACAGGGGCUCUCCUUGUUCAGGGGAUAGCUCUGCGCCCCCCUUUGCCUACUCCCUUUUCUUGGAUCUGGAAGAUGCGAGUCCCUCCCAAAGUUAAAAACUUCCUUUGGAAAGUUUGCCAAGAUGGUCUUCCUACUAAAGACCAGCUUCAAACGAGCCAUGUUUUUACUCUGCAAGAGUGUUGUUUUUGUAACCACCCUUCCGAGGAUGCUAAUCAUUUGUUUUUCUUGAGCCCGUUUGCUCAGGAUGUCUUUAGCUUGCUUUGGGAGAAAAUGGGGUGGUCUUGUCUCCCUAUUGGCUCUUUCUCGGAUAAUGUUUUGAUUAAUAUCUCUUAUGUUUUCCGUAAUUCCAGCAUGGAUGAUGUGGAGAAGGAUUGGGUCUCUGCUCUUUCUUCAGAUGAGCUUCUUGGGUCUAAGGUUCGGCAGAGUGUGCAGGUUUAUUGUGGGUUUGUUAUUCGAAACCAUGAAGGGGUGCUUCAGCUUUCGGGUUCUAUGCCUCUCUCGGCUGGGUGCUCUAUUCUCGCAGCUGAAGCUUGGGGGCUUCGGGAAGGUCUCCGGGCUGCUGUUUUUCUUGGUAUUUCUUCGUUAGCUAUUGAAGGUGAUAAUUUGGAAGCUAAUCAAGCGGCGGAUUUUAUGGCUCACCGUGGGCAUGAGGUUUCUUCGCUUGUGUAUAGUUUUUCCUCUUCUAACAUUGCUUUCUCUUCCAUCAUCCGAAAGGAUGCUGUUCCUAGUUUAGUUGUGUUUACUGAUUUUGAGGUAAACAAGAUCUCUAAGGUGAAUGAUAUUAAGCUUAACUUACCUAUUGAGCAAGAGAGGUUAACUAUUUCUAAGGCUAUUAAGGAAAAUAACAUUGACAAACUAGAUAUUUCAGUUUUGAACUUUAAUAACACUCAACUUGAUGAUGAUAAUUCACCUCAUUUUAGGGAAACAACUUUUCUUAUGGAUGAUGAGAAUAGAUGCACUAAAGUCAAAGAGUCACACCAAGAAGAGCUUAAGCCUUGCAUUGAUUUAGAAGAAACUAUUAAGUUCAUAGGUGAUUUAGAACCCACUUCUUCUAACUCACUUAAAAACAUUACAUUAGCUCAUGAUUCUAGUACUUCACUCUUCCGUCCUAUUAUUGAGCUUAGAUCCUCUUAUAGUCACCCAAAAUUCUACAUUUUCCACCGGUAG